AUGGAUGAUUUACAGCAAGAUGAGGUUGAAAAUUUCUUACAGAAUAAUCCAGAUUUCGUUCGCAAAUGGCAAUCUCGGCAUUCUACAGAGGACGUCAAAGGGGAAAGCCUUAAAUGCACGUUGAAAGUACCGGGAGAGACCGGUUAUAGUGCAACUACAAGUGAUACAGUAUUACAGGAGGUGAAAUCAAAAUCAAGAGGGUAUACUUCAGUAGUGACAGAGAAUGAAAUAUACAGAGAGUUUGUAAAAGACACUGUUUUCGAAGUCAAUGUCGACAAACAGUGUCAUAAAAUUCUUCAAAAUGCUUGUAUCAUCCUCGAUUGUGAGAGAGCGAGCCUAUUUCUGUUACAUGGAACUGCUAAAAAGCUACACUUAGUUUCCAAACUCUUUGACGUUACAGCCACCUCGGUUAUGGAGGAUACAAUUCACAACGAAGAAAAUGCCAUUCGCAUUCCUUUCGGGAAAGGAAUUGUCGGAUAUGUAGCUGAAUACAGUUGUCUAUUGAACAUUAAAGAUGCCUACGAAGACGAACGUUUUUUACAUGAGAUUGAUAAAUCAACGGGGUUUUGUACGAAAAGUAUUCUAUCUGUACCAAUUAAGGAUAGAGAUGGCGUCGUAAUAGGUGUAGCUCAAGCAUUGAAUAAGAAACAUGAUCGUUAUUUCGAUUCGAAUGAUGAAAUUAUAUUUCAGAACUUUUUGUCGUUUUGCGGAAUCAGUAUAAUCAACGAACGGUUGUUAGAAAUAUCACAAGUGGAAUUUAAACGCCACAAGUUAUUGCUAAAACUUGCCAAAUUUGUUCUGAAAGAGCAAAUCAAUUUUCGAAAGCUUAUAUCAGAAAUUCUUCGACAUGCCAUGGAUAUGUUAGACUGUAGCAAGAUUUCUGUUUAUUUAACAGAAAACAGAAUGGAUGCGGCCUCUCCGACGACAUCGUCUAAAGUUUUCCAGUUAUUAAAAGAUGAAGAAGAAGUGCAGGAAGUUCCGUUAGAUCCGAAAUAUAUAAUACCAGUUGACCAAAAUUUAAAAAGUAUCAAUAUAAUCGAUAUAAUUCGAUUACAAAGUGAAUCUAGAGAAACUUUAAUCACUGUUGAAGGUGAUGUCGGCCGUUGGCUACUGUGUAUGACAAUAACAAAUGCUACAAGUGAGGUCGUCGGUUGCAUAAUAUUUGUGAGACAUUCCAAAGAUGUUUUCGACCAAAGUGACAUCAACCUAAUGGAGACGUUUGCAUUGAUUUGUGGAAUCAGUAUUCAUAAUUGUCGCAUAUAUGAACGUUCUGUUAGGAUGUUGGCACAGCGAGAAACAUUGAACCAGUUACUUGCCUAUCAUACUACAUGCGACCGAAGCCUUAUUGAACCUUUCUUACAAGAAGAGCCAGGAUCCUCUGAAGAGUACCAUAUAUAUUCCUAUAACUUUGAUGAGUCUUGCUUUACAGAUGAUGAAACUAUUCAUUUGUGUGUUCGGAUGUUACUUGAAAAAAAUGCGUUGAUCCUAUUGAAUUUGCCUAUUGAUAUUUUAUACAGGUUUAUUUUAACAGCAAAGAAGAAUUAUCGUCUAAACAUUUACCAUAACUGGAGACAUGCUGUUAAUGUUAUGCAGGCGAUGUUUUGUAUAUUGACUACUGGUCAAAUGCAAUUAUAUUUCACAGAAUUUGAGCAGAUUUACUUAUUAAUAGCAGCUCUAGUUCAUGAUCUUGACCAUAGAGGUAAAAAUAAUGCAUUUCAAGUGAAGACCUCAUCUCCUUUUGCUACACUGUACAGUUCAUCUGUCUUGGAAUACCAUCACAUAGACAGAACUUUCAUGAUAUUAAACACUACCGAAACCAACCUAUUUCAGAAUAUCUCAGAUACAAAUUACAAGUACGGUCUUAAAGUUAUCGAGAAAGCCAUUCUGGCCACAGACUUGCAAACUUACUUUAGAGAACGUGAAGUUUUUAAGGAAAAAAUCGAAAGCGGAGACAAAAUGUUUGACACCCGAGAAAGCAUCGAAUUAUUAAUGAGGAUUUUAAUGACAGCAGCUGAUCUUUCAGCUAUUACAAAGCCGUGGGAAAUUCAAAAGGCAGUUGCAGUUAAGGUUGCAGCUGAAUUCUACGAGCAGGGAGACGAAGAAAAGGGUUUAAAUCAAGAAGUUGUUGCUCUCAUGGAUCGAGAAAAUCGAUACAAACUUCCUGGAAUGCAAGUCGCAUUUAUCGAUGAUAUUUGUAUCCCGCUUUAUCAACUUUUAUGUAAAUUACAAGACGGUUUGAUGCCGCUAUAUGAAGGGGUGCUACAAAAUAGGAUUCAUUGGUCCAAUAUAAACGACAACUUAGAAGAUUUUGACAUUGAUUUUGAAAUGCAAAAAGUUUACAGUGAUUUCGCACUCUCUUUAGUUUUUGAAGCGGAUACGAUCUCCACUCCCCCUUCUGAACAUGAUAAGAUCAUCAACACGUCUAUUUGUACCCAAACUAACUUAAUUUUCCCAAAGAUCAAAGAAAUAAAAGAAUACAGGGAAGAAUCCAGUCAAACUGCUGACUUUGAAGAAGGUUUUCAGAGAUCUACCAGUGUAAUCGGAUUAUUAGGAUCUAUUAUUGUUUUAGAAACAGUAAAAGAAACUCAUUCACCAAAACUUUUAUCUGUAGAAGUAGACGAAUGUAAGGAUACAAAGUCAAAAGGUAUCCAGACAAUAGUGCUUCGACGUUCUCAGACCGCCAGGUAUGAAAGGAGGUAUGGAUAUGUCUCUAGUAAUUUAGUUCCUACCAAUUCUACAGCUUGGGACGUGGCCAAUUUGGAACUGAGCGAUUUCAUUCAGCCAACCAAAUCUUCACCUGUAAAAUCGAAGUCAGUUGGAUACGCAUUGGAGAGUCGUAUAAGAAAACCUCGCCAAACAUUUUCUUUCUAUGAAAGUCAAGGGCAAGUUAAAACAGAAGAAGCGUGGUCUCUGAAAUUCAGAAACGAUUCAAUAAUGCCGAAGAUGACAAUACAACAUCCGUCAAAGAGAGAAAGUAUGUUCUCUGAAGGAACAGAAGGAAGAUCAAGCAUGAGCGAACCAUUCAAUACAUUGUUUCCGGCAUUUUCUUCAACAAACGUCUCGUAUAGCGAAAGAGGGUCUCGUGGCCCCGAAGAAGAAAAAGGCAAGAAUGAACAGCAAUCAUCUGAGAUUUUUAAAAAAAGGGACAGUUAUGGAAUGAGCGCCGAAGAAAAGGAAAGGAUUGCUAGUACUGCUAGGAGAGAACUGAACCAAGAACGAAAGAGAAAAUGUGUGAGGAAAAUUCCACGAAGCAGGCCAAGUUCUAUAGUUUCGAAAAGACAGGAUACGAUACAUCACUUUAGAAAGUGGAUGUGUACGAUUUCAUAA